UCCCGGUGCUGCUGUGAUGACGUAGUUCUCCCGCGCCGCGGACGCGCCCGUCCUGAAGCGACGCAGCAGGCUUGUCCGCGCUUCUGCUACCGCUGUCCCCGUCCGUCCGCUUUUCCGGUCCGCGUGUUCGUUGCCCUCUCGGUCCGUCCACGCGCACUUCCGCCCGUCAUGCCGCCGCUGCAGCCCGUCCUGAAGCGGAAGGUGGACGAGCUCUUCCUGCGCUGGCUCAGCGACCCCAACACCCAGCGCGCGCUGCACGAUGGCCUGCGCCGCAUCCGGGAAGCUCCGGGGAGCAAUGACGUCACCCGCGGGGGCCCAGGAACGCCCCCUGACGUCACCCGCUACAGACCGGAGCCACCUGAUGUCACCCGCGUGCUGCCCCUCGCCUGCUCCCGCCCUGUGCGUGCCUCCUGCAGGAGCCCGGGACACAGGAAGGUGCAGCCUCCCCAGGAGGACCCGCCCCCACCGGCCACCAGCCUCUGCAUCCCUGCUUUCUACUUCCCACAUGGGCGCCCGCCAGAGACACUAGACGUGGACGCUGCCCUUAACCCUAUCAAGCGAGUCUUCGCGGAGUUCCCGCAGGAGCGUGCCACCGUAGAGGACAUGGGUCGCGUGGCCAAGGCCUGUGGCUGCCCGCUCUACUGGAAGGGGCCACUGUUCUACAGCGCGGGCGGGGAGCGCACGGGCUCCGUGUCGGUGCACAAGUUUGUGGUCAUGUGGAGGAAGAUCCUCCUCACAUGCCACGACGAGGCCGCCAGGUUCGUGCAGCUGCUGAUGGCGCCGGGGAGCGAGGGGCUGGUGCAGGAGGAUUUUGUGCCACUGCUGCAGUUCCUCCCCCAACCAUCAGGUUCCCUCCGUGUUCCCCAGGACGUGGUGAACACGCACCCUGGCCUGUCUUUCCUGAAGGAGGCGCCUGAGUUCCAUUCCCGCUACAUCACCACGGUCAUCCAGAGGAUUUUCUACACUGUGAACAGGUCGUGGUCCGGUCGGAUCACGUGCACCGAGCUGCGGAGGAGCAGCUUCCUGCAGAACGUGGCACUGCUGGAGGUGGAGCCUGACAUCAACCAGCUGACUGAGUUCUUCUCCUAUGAGCAUUUCUACGUCAUCUACUGCAAGUUCUGGGAGCUGGACACGGACCAUGACCUGCAGGUGGAUGCGCGGGACCUGGGUCGCCACUCCGACCAUGCCAUCUCCUCCCGGAUGAUUGACAGGAUCUUCUCAGGUGCUGUGACGCGAGACCAAAAGGUGCAGAAGGACGGGAAGAUCAGCUACGCAGACUUUGUGUGGUUCUUGCUUUCCGAAGAGGACAAAAAGACUCCAACCAGCAUUGAAUACUGGUUCCGCUGCAUGGACUUGGACGGUGAUGGCGUGCUCUCCCUGUAUGAGCUCGAGUAUUUCUACAAGGAGCAGAUGCAGCGCCUGGACGCCCGGGCCAUCGAGCCGCUUCCUUUAGAGGACUGCGUGUGCCAGAUGCUGGACCUAGUGCAGCCACGGAUACCAGGGAAGAUCACGCUGCCUGACCUGAAGCGCUGCAAGCUCGCCCACGUGUUCUUCGACACAUUUUUCAAUGUGGACAAGUACCUGGACUACGAGCAGCGAGAGCAGGCGUCCCUGCUGCGGGAGAGCGAUCCCGAUGGACCUGAGCUCUCAGACUGGGAGAAGUAUGCUGCGGAGGAGUACGACUUCCUCGUGGCUGAGGAGGUGGCCGGGGACCUGUGGGAUGAUGGCCUCCCCUCUGAGCUCAGCCCUGUGGAGCAGAAACUGAACACCCUGUGGUCUCCGCUGGCCCAGAGGGCGAUCGUCCAGACACUCGCCCGGUCGGGGAAUGUAGACCUGUAUGCAUGUGUGGACAAGGACCACGUGUGACUGGGGAGACCACAUGACAUGGGAGACACCUGCUGCCCUGUCCGCAUGGUCUAGUGACACUGGAGGCUGAUGACUGCUACCCCACCCCACCUGCGUGGUCACUUGACAUGAUGGGACUGGCCCAGGUGGCCACAUGUGGGUCUUUGCGGACAGACUUGUUUUAUAAAAUGCUAUUUAUUUGA